AAAUAAUAAAUUUAAAUUUAUUUUAGCUUUAGUUUUUCUAGAUUUUUUUGUUCAUUUUUCAAUGUCAUCUCUCAUUCUCUCACUAUCUUUUAAGGCAUUAGUCUUCCCGCUAUAAUAAUAAUAUAUGUUAUUAAUUAUAACUUUAACGUUUUAAUUAUAUAAUUAUUGACGAUAAAACUACUAUUGAAUUAGUAAUAAUAUAUUUAAUGUAAAUUACAACUAAUCUAUAAAAACAAAUUUGCUCAAGUUUACGUAAAAUUGACCGACAUUUUUUACGGCAAUACUUUUAUUGCUGGAUAUUUACAGACUACAAUGCGACGGUUGACGACGUUUACCGUCACUGUGUUGGUCGGAAUUCUGGUGUCUGCUACAGGACGCCUGGCUCCAUACGCUCCGGACUGGCCACACCGGUUGACCGCGGCUACGUUGACGGCGUACGUGAAUAAAACGUUCGGACCGUUGCAGCGGUGCUUGAAAGUGGCCGCCGACGACACCGCCGAGGCGGCCGCCAUAGUGGCCAUGCUCUACUCGCAGCGGGACAGCGACGGUGCGGGCGGACAUCCGUCCGACGUGCAGAACGUCCCCGCUAGGACGAUCGCGUUGGUCGCGUCCGGUAACAUUACGGUGUUCUGUUCUGCCUACGUGGUUGUCGGACGUCAUCUGGAAACGAUCGAUAAGUAUUUCGAGUAUUUCAAGAGUGAUGCGGCCGAGAGGAUGUUGGUGGUCGUCGUACAGGAUAGAAAGUACAUUAAGCCGUUUAUCAAAUAUUCACCCUCAUACUUCAAUUAUAAAGAUGUUAUACUUAUAAAUGUAUAUCCACAAAAAGAAUCAGUGUAUCAAAUGAGCAUAUACUUCAAGAAAUUCGUUCCUAUUUCCAAACAACAUGACCAAUGGUUUAGACAUGACUUGCAAGGAAAACAAAAAGUAAAAAACUUUCAUAAUACCCGAAUUAAGUUAUUGGCUUACAACAAUUCAUUUUUUAGUAGUGUGAUAAAAGAAAAUGGAACAGGAAAAAUAAGCUUAUCGUAUGGUGUCGAAUGUAGUAUAUUUAAAGAAAUCGCUACAAGAUUGAACGUCACAUGGGAUACAUACACGUCUGAUGACAAAGAUAAAUGGGGGACUGUAUGGUCGAACAACACAAUAACCGGUGGUGCACUCAAAUGGCUAUACACUAAAAAAGUUGAUGUGUCAUUUUGUUCGCUUUGGACUGAUCAUAUAAAAUCAAAGUUCGUGGACAUGUCUAAAUUUUGGACAUUAACGUGUUUAAAGUUUUUGGUCCCCAAGCCCCGGCCGCUGCGAGAAAAAUGGGACUUGCUGUUUAAACCGUUUCCGUUAAGUUUAUGGUUAUUAGUUUUAUUUUCUGCGACAUUGACAACAUUUACAGUAUGGAUAUUGGCUUGCGUUCAAAAAAAAAUUGGCUAUGAAAAUAUUAAUGUAUUUACUUCGAUAUCAGCAACCAUUUUUUGGAUUAUCGGAAUGAUGUUAUUGACGAACAACCCACGUACUUAUCGAAUGGGACCUAUUAGACAUUUGAUCAAUUGGUGGUGUAUAUUUAUAUUCAUCAUGUCUACUUCGUUUUCCAGCAUUCUCUAUUCAUUCAUCACAUCAUUCGAGUACACAGACAUUGUUUUGGAAGUUGAAGACAUGGUGAAAGCAAAUUACCAUUGGGGCCUUACGUACCCUCCUCCUUAUAAGUAUAUACUUAAAAUGCAGAAUCCAGUGCACGUGGAGUUCAGCAAGCGGUUCAUACCCGAACGUAGCGUGGACGACCGGAUCAAGCGACUGAAGCGCGGCCGGUACGCGAUUCUGUCCAAGUGCCUGUACAAGAAACACUUCAUGGAACUGGAAGAUGUGCCGGUGUCCAUGCUGAACAACCUGCGGACGGGCCGGACGUGCAUGAACCAGUUCUACAUCGGGUUCGGGUUCGCCAAGCAGUCGCCUUACGUGAAACCGGCCAACCUGGUCAUCCAGCGGAUUUUCGAGAGUGGGCUGAUCGACUAUUGGCUGAGCCGGGUGACCGAGGUCCGCAUGUCGCCAGCCACGUUCGAGCAGGUGUACGAGAUAAAGCCUCGCAGGGGCAGUAACCCGUCGCCGCUUAGCUACAAACAGUUCAAAGUCGUCAUGGUCGUAUGGAUUGUCGGAUGCGCGCUGUCGACGGCCGUGUUUGCCGUCGAACGUCGGUACGGUCGUGGAGGCGCGAACCGAUCGCGCCGCGUUUAAUUGCUGUAUACUGUAUAUAGUCAGAAUAGUCACCCACAUUAAAUUAAUAUAUUUCGGAUUAAAACUUAAAAGCACAUUAGUACUAUUCACGCUUAUAUCAAGUGUUAAGCCGGGUUCUCAUCGUGACUAGAGUAUUUGAUCACAUAUACGAACAAUAAUUUGGGGGAGGGAUCUGGGAUUGGAUGGGGCUCAAAAAUUGUGUCCCCAAAUGUAGAAUACAAUUUUUGCUUAUGUACUCGCGAAGUCGCGAAUAUAAUAUAUUUCACGAGAAGAUGACGAAUAACAAAUACUGUGUAUGGAAAACGGAGGAGGAUUCGAAACAUUUAUGUUAAACAUGUAUGUAUGGCACAGUCCAUAUUUUUUGUAAAUUUUGCUACUACACGCCACUUAACCAUUUUUUUUUAGCAUAACUAGACAAAUAUAUUUUAAGGGUUGUAACUUUACUAGUAAACAUAAACUUUCUUUUGUCUGUUUUUCAUUUGUUACUGCACACAAAAAUAGGGACUGGUAUAUGACAUACUUAAAACUAUUGUGCGCCGGUUGUAGUUGAAGCAGUGGCGUAGCUAUCAUCGGGCAAAGCAGGGCAGUGCCCUGGGGCCCCUAGAUCUUAGGGGCCCUCAGAGCUCUUGGUAAGUUUUAAAAAUACAUCCGUAAAAUAAUUGAAAUAAAAUUGAAAAAAGGGUUGGAUAUUUUUAAUAUGAUAAUUGAAUAUUAGAAGUUUAAUAUGAACAUUAUGAACAUUAUGAACAUUGUAUACCUAUAAAUACACAGAAUAUGCAAUAAUCGGUGCUCGUAAAAGAUUAUAAAUUUGAUUUGAUAGCCUUUAUUUUAUUUUAUUUGAUUAGAUAGAAUUAAUAAAUUAAUAAUGAUAAAAUGUUAAUAUUUAAAAUUUGUUUUAGUAAUUAAAUGGAUUUCCUUUUUAUUUUGAGUAUCAAUUUAUUAUCUGUUUAUUAUUUUCAUUAAUGGUUUUAUGGAGGUAUUUAUAUUUUAAACAGCAAUAUAACGUAUAAUGUGGUUUUUCCUAUAUAUAGAAUUAAGGAGCCUAAUUUAUUAAUUGCCCCGGGGCCCAUUCCCAUCAUGUUACGCCACUGAGUUGAAGAUUUAUUUUUAUAUUUUGAUCAUACAUGCGUUAAUGGUAAAUUUCACUCAGGUAGACCAUGUUAUUGUGUCGAAAUAGUUAAACAUUUUAGUAUCGUCGCAUCACUUCGUUAUUUCCUCCUACGCCUGUAUAUUAACUUCGAGAGUGGUAAAUUGGUUUCCCUGCAACGUCAAACGAUAAAACAGCAUGGUGUUAUAACCACAUUGCAUCUUGACACUUUAUUAAAUCCAGACCGGUAGUUGACGCUAAAUGUGCGUCUAAAUUAGAUCACCCAGAUGCUCCAGGGAAACCGUCGUACCUUUAAAUUGAUAAGGAUUAGUAUUUUUCAACAGGAUGUCAGCAGUAUAUUUGUUUUCAUUUCCAAAUAGUUUAUUAUGAUUUUUGAGAAAUCUUAGAGUGAAAUCAUAUAUUUUAAAAAUUGUAGAGAAUAAUAUUUUUGAGCAAGGGUUCUUACAAAAUAUAUUUUAUUGUUAUUUAAUUGUUUAUUCAACUUUAAAUAUAAAAUUGAAAACUGUAAAUUCAAAUGAAUAUUACAUUGUUUUAAGACAAUAUAUUUAAACGAAUAUAGAUAUGCCAUAAAUCUUCAAAAAUAUUGUUCUGUAUUUUUUUUAAUAAAUGAUUUUACUUCAUGUUUAUUAAAAACUUUUUAAAAAAAUGACGAUGAAAAAUAAAUGAUUUGUAAAUGGUCUAAUGAGCGAAAUGUCCAACAGUGGCUCCUGACAUUAAAUAGAAGGUCUGAAGAGAGGUGCAUUCAUUUUACUAAAAUUAUUUUAUAAAUGUUUUAAAAAUAUUAUUGUAUUUUAUUUAUUCAAUAUUAUAUAAUUAUUUUAAAAUUAUUAUUUUUUCACUAAUGACGACCGAUUACACUGAAUUGUGAUUUACUAAAAUAGAUGCGUAAAUGCGUUAAAUCGUCAUGUAUCUGCUAUAUUUAUUUAUUAAUAAAACAAAUCAAUUGACAAUUUGUAGGAAGUAAGCAAAUAUAUUAUAUAAUAAGUAAGUUAUCUUAGAUAACUAUUGAACUAUAAAAUGUAUACGUAAUAUUAUUAUUAUAUUAAGUCCUAUUAUACAUUUAUAAAUUAUAUGCCAGAUGUCUUAUUAAGUACAUGUAUAUCCGUUGCAAACCGACCUGUUCGUUUACGGCGUAUUAUGCAUAGUGCGUAGUUUAUCACGUAGUUCUAUGUUAUAUUGUAACAGCAUACAAGUAAUAAAUGCACAAUUUUAAAUACCUAGUAAAUAUAUCUUAAAAAUGACAUUUAA